CCACACCAGGGAUGAGGUCAUCGCAAAGAACGCUCGUCACGUGCACUACGCUCCGAUAGGCUGGUAAAGGACCAGGAGGCGGGACCAACGGAAGACUUGACACUGAGGCUAAUUUAAAGGGAUAGGUCAUAUUUUUCCUUUCAGCUGUCAAUGUUUCUGUCUUUUGCAGUGUUUUUUUUAUUUUAUUUUUUAUUAUGACCUAAGGUUGCUAACUGAAAUUACACUCCAUAUUGUAAUUGUAGUUUAAUUGUAUUGUAAGUAUAGUAUAGUUUAAAGUAGGUUUGUAGCUCUAUUUAGUCAGGUGUUGCAAGGGUGGAGACUUUAGUUCUUUAUCUCUUUGUUAAUUUUAAUGUAACUGAAGCAAAGAAACAUCAUUUGUCACUUUGAGUAUACAUUUCAAAUUGCCACUUUUUGAUUUGAGCAAAUAAAAAAGUGUUUUUAAAGGCUAUUUUAUGCAUCCAACCACAGAAGAGAUUGUCUAUGGUAGGUUUAAAGUGUGAGCUGCAUUUAGAAUAUGCAUGUAACUGCAUGCCCCCCCUAACCCCAGUGAAACUAAUUAGGCCCAUGAGUGAAAGGAAAUCACUAUAGCGUAGCUGUAGGCUUGUGUCAUUGCUGGCAUCCAGUUGGGACUUGUUGCUAUGUUUAUUUCUCCUACAGAAAGCCUUGUCAGCUACAUUACCUGGCAACUGUCUCGUGACUCAGGUGUGGCACUGGUUGUGAAAUAACUAUAUUUUCAUCAAGUGCAUUAAAUAUGGUAUGACGGCAUGUUGCAUUGAGCUGAUGAUUUUUAUUUUGUGGCGUACCUGUAUUUGACCAUAGUUGCAUCAGCCUGCAGCCCUGCACCUCCUCACAUCCAUAUGCUCCAGUGCGUCAGCAUGUAACCACUCAUUAUCACUUAAUGGAAAGUUUAAUCAGGAACAUUUUCACACCUCAUUACUAUAAAAGGAGCACAAUUACUCUGCAUGCAAUUAUUUAAAAGAAUACAGAGGACCUUUCAUCCAACAUGAAUGUGUGUAUGUAUGUCAUAAUGUCAAUGUCUUUUUUUAUUUUUAAAACAUAUCUUUGAAAGCCAAAGUAUCUCACUGUUUCUUCAUAUAAUGAGAAUGAAGGCACGUUGGGAAAAGGCAGGGAACUUCUUACUCCUCCUUACUUGACACUAAUGGCUGACACAGGUAGCAUAGCAGGCACUGCCAUGGUUACCUGUGUUGAAACCAAGUCAUUAGGGAUUUUGACUCCUAUCCCACAUCUCUCUCAUCAUAAACAUGUUUACUGACCCUGACACUGCCACAGAAUGGGUAAAAUGACAACAACUAUCACACAAAAAUGAAAGUGAGGCCUCAGCUUCCUUCUUGAAAAUCAUGUGAAUCAGAGGCUUUUCUCCUUUCUCUACCACACUGACUCACAAGCUUGUCACGUUGCCUUACGUCAUAGCAGUGCAAGGAAUCAAAUUGUCUGAAUACUGUAAUAUUCUUGUAAUGUCAGUACACUGACAAAUUUAACUCAGUAUUUUUACAUAAAUCUAAUAUUUACAGCACCUGCCAUGAUUUCGUGAUCCAUCAGGGACUGAUGGUGCAAACGAGGGGAGGAGAAAGACAGAGCCACAGAGGAUUUGGUCUUUGAGCACACCCUGAACAGUCAGUUAGCAACAUCUCAACGAGAAACAUGGAUGUACAAUGUGGUCGUUAAAUGUGUGGUUAAGAUUUUGAUCUGUGAAAAAUGACUUGGAUGCUCGCCAUCUGGGUGGCCGCGGCCCUGCUGGCUCUCUGUAAAGGAGAAAACACUGUACACGAAGGAAACAGCCUGUCUACAUCUGGCUACCAUCUAUGUAUCCGCAAUGAGACAAGGAUUGUGUCUAUCCUGGUGGUGCACAAGGUCCCCUAUACCACGACGAAGCCUUGUGGCGGCUGGCUGCUCUGGAAGACAUGUACAGUCACACUUUACAGGAUGAUCUAUCAGACAGAGUACAGGACAGUGAUGGAGCAGGUGACCAGGUGCUGCGAUGGCUACGUUCAAGUCGGUCAUUACUGUGCCCUGCCUGUAAACAGGAGUGGGGAGUUCACUGCCAAGCCAGGAUCCUGUCCAACUGCAGAUGGAUUGCAUCCCGGAUCUGAGGACUGUGAGUGGGACAUGGACUGCCCAGGCUGGCAAAAAUGCUGCCAGAAAUUGGAUCACUCUGUCUGCAGUCAACCUGCAAGCUCAUCAUAUUAUUUUGAGAAUGGAGGAUACCGUUUCAAUGCAACGGUGACAGUGAAGGCAGACUACGAACCACUGAUGUCCAAGGACAGAGGACUUCUGAAUCACACAAGAUUGCUACAAGCAAUGGUGACUGGAGCUCUGGAGUCUGAAGUUUCAGUUUAUUACCUCAGCUCAUGGCCUGUGCAUCCCUACAGAACUGCCACGUCACUUCUGAUCGACUGCAACUCUACUCUUUCUCUGCACAAUGUCACAUCAAAGCUGCAUCUUCUCCUCAAACACAUACAGGAGGUGUCAUCUGUAACCGUGGAAGAUGUAGAUGAGUGUGCACAGUCUGCUCUCCGUCAGUGUUCUCUUCAGGCACACUGUAACAACACGGUGGGGUCCUACCACUGUGCCUGCCAACAAGGAUAUACUGAUGUUGAGCCCAGCAACCCUGGAGCCUAUUGUACAGCUGACAUCAGUGUGCCGACCACCACAGAGCCUGGGCUUACCUACAUUCCACCCAUAAACACGACCUACACCCCAGCUUCAAACACCCCACAGCACCCUCAAAGCAACGUCACCACGGGUCUCCUUAACUCCACUGAGACAAGCAUGACUACCGCUCUGACAAAUACAGGCUCUGUCCCUUAUAAUUCAUCACAUGCUCCGCAGUGGACGAGUUCUGCACCUUACACCAGCAUGGACUCAACUGUAGAGUCACCUCUGCCAACAACCACAUGCUCUCUGCCCAGCAUCACCAGCUUGAGGCUGGCUAACGUCACUGGAUCCUCCUUCCGUGUCUACUGGUUCAGCCAGUUGAAGACCAACCAGACUUACCGGGUUGUUGUAACAAGGAGGUCAGAGGUCAUUCAUAAUAGGGAAACCAGUCAGUCAAUGAUGGAGGUGAGGGGUCUGCAGCCUGGGGUGCUCUACAAUGUUUCUGUCACACCUUGUGUCUGUGGAAGCCAAGGAAUCGCCCUCCAUACAUCAGUACGGACUGAUGCUCAGAGUCUUGACACCACAGCACGACUUACCAACAUCCAGUUCACUGCCGAUCUGUACAACACCAGCAGCCAGGCCUACAAAAACCUCACUGAGAGUAUUACACAGGAGAUCUACAAGUCUCUGUCUCCAGAGAUGAAGGCCUUGGUUGAUUCCGGCCAGGUGAGAAUUGAAAUUAGAAACUUCUCCCCAGGGAGUGUGGUGGUAAACUUUACCGUCAUCUUCACACCCAAUCAAAACCAAGACAUCAGCAAUGUGUCUACAGCUCUGCUGAACUCCCUGAUGAACAGCACCAAAUACACUGUGGAUGGAAACAACACAAGCAUAAUUGAUUCUAAUGAAUGUGCUUCAGGGGAAAAUGACUGUUCCCAGUGGGCUACAUGUACAAACACCUGGGCCUCCUACACAUGUGUUUGCCUGGACGGAUUUAUAGACAACAACCCAGAAAGGGCUGGACGAGCCUGUCAAGCUCUCCCAGUGGUGACCACCACUCCAACAACUGCUACUGCCCCGUCAACCUCCACUGCUGCCCCGACAACCACAACUGCUGCCCCAACAACCACAACUGCUGCCCCGACAACCACUACUACUGCCCCGACAACCACCACAUCUGCCCCGACAACCACCACUGCUGCCCCGACAACCACCACCACUGUCCCGACAACUACAACUACUGCCCCGACAACCACCACUGCUGCCCUGACAACCACAACUGCUGCCCCGACAACCACAAUUGCUGCCCCAACAACCACCACAUCUGCCCCGACAACCACCACUGCUGCCCUGACAACCACAACUGCUGCCCCGACAACCACCACAUCUGCCCCGACAACCACUACUACUGCCCAAACAACCACAACUACUGGCCAAAUAACAACCGUUACUGCCCCUGCAAUCACUACUACUGACCCAACAACCACCACUACUACCCCAACAACCACUACAGCCCCAACAACCACCACUACUACCCCAACAACCACUAUAGCCCCAAUAACCACCACUACUACCCCAGCAACCACUACUGCCCCAACAACCACCACUACUACCCCAACAACCACUAUAGCCCCAAUAACCACCACUACUACCCCAGCAACCACUACUGCCCCAACAACCACCACUACUGCCCCAACAACCACCACUACUGCCCCAACAACCACUACAGCCCCAACAACCACUACAGCCCCAACAACCACCACUACUGCCCCAACAACCACUACUGCCCCAACAACCACCACUACUGCCCCAACAACCACCACUACUACCCCAACCACCACAACAGCCCCAACAACCACCACUACUGCAAUGACAUCCAUGACUUCUAACCCCACAACUAUCGCUAGCAGUCUCACUACCACCAUUACAGCUCUGACCACCAAGGCUACUGCCCCAAAAACUGCCACCAAUGGCUUUAUGCCAGGGGCCAUCUCAGUCCAGUGCAGGGUUGCUGCCAUCACUGUAACAGUUGCCAGGGAUUUUCUUCUGAGCACCAAUAUCAGGGAGAGCGCCCUGUAUAUGGGCCAGAUGGGAUGUGGCGUCAACGGAGGCAAUGCCACCCAUGCCCAGCUGACCGUGGCCUGGAAUGAGUGUGCCACUACGAUUGUGCAUAAUGACACUUACUACAUGGUAUCUGUAACCCUGUUCAACACCAUGGAUGCAUACAACUCACCCAGCGGAACAGUGGAGGUACCCAGAGUACGUCUGGAGGUUCCCAUCAUGUGUACCUACCUGAAGAGCAUGCUUAUCUCCGCUGACUUCAGCUCCAUGGGGUUUGACAUGAUUCAAGAUAUCAUCAUGGGCUCUGGGUCGUUCCAGGUGACAGUGCAGCUGAUGAAUGGUACAAUGCCUCUACCCCACAACUACAGCUUGUCCCCUGAGGAGGCUGUGGUGUUGGAAGUCAGCCUCAACACCUCCUCAGAGCAGAUUAAAGUAGUUAUCAACAAAUGCUGGGCCACUCCCACCCAAAACCCUGUAGACAUCUCCAGCUACGUCUUCCUGGACAACAGCUGUUCCCAGAACCCAUACACCAAAGUGUUGAUGAACGGGAACUUCAGCGCGUCUCGUGUGUCCGUACAGAUAUUCUCCUUCGUCAAACUGAAUGUGAUCUAUCUGCACUGCCAGGUCCAGAUCUGUGCACAGAUUGGAUCAGAUAGCUGUGUGCCUGACUGUCUACAAAGAACAGCUCGGUCUUCAAACACAAUAGGAACAGCUUUCGGUUCUUCUGGACCUCUGCUGAGGUUCGAUGUUGGUGAGCCUUAUGAGUCCUUUGAGGAUGGAAUGAACACUCUUCAUAUAGUUGGAUUCUCCUGUCUCGGAGUUGGCCUAUCGCUCUUCUUCAUCGUCGGUUUCAUCUGCCUGUUCUACUACCAAAGGAACCGCAUUGGACACUACAACUUCAGCGUCAAACCUAAGCAGGAGAACUUCACCUACCUUGUCUUUAACACCUAGGGUUGCAGCAGCACACACAAACAAAGUCACAGAAUUGGAAAAGAUCAACAUUCUUGCAGCAGUAGAUACAUUUGAUACUCUAUUACAGCACAGCUGCCACUGAGUGGCACUGUUGCACCAUUCACAUAUAAAUUCUUACCAAACCAAACUGCAAACCGUUGCACAUUAAACAAUGAAUGUAUACGAUUAUAUUUAUAUUUCACCUGCCCCCUUGAUGUAUAUUUAAGAUGUUAAAAUUAUAGAGUAGUUGUACACUGGAAUGUCAAAUAAAGUGACUAUGAAUAUUUAAUGAAUAUUUAACAUUAAAGCCUGAAUAUGUAUGACUUGUUAAACAUUUGAAACUGUCUUAAAAAUGUUAAGCUACAUUUUGUCAGUUAAUACACAAACUAAAUUCUGAAUAUUUACAUGGUUUAUGUAAAAAUAUUGCAAUGUAAUGAGUUUGCACUAAACUUGCUUGUAUUGCUUUGUGGAAGUAAUCAUGUUCAUGUAGUCAAAUGUGCUUAAAAUACAGAAUCUGCAAUACUGGUCAGGCACAGUUAUCACUUUAUUUUCUUUUAGCUGCUAUUUUUCUACAAUUGCACUCUUUGUAUUUGUACUGUUUGUUACACAUCUGAAAUAUUUAUUCUGCUGUCCCUUGAACAAACUGUUAGUGCUGUAAGUGGGGUGACAAUAAACACGUCCUGUUUGAAUGCA